AUGGCCUCUUCCUCCUUCAGAGACUCGAUAAACUCCCUCGGCUGGAGUCGCCGUGAUGAACCAGUAAAUACUUCUCAGCAGAGCGGGUUGCUCUCCUCACUUCAGAGCUUGAAUCCCUUCCAAGGAGGCAGCGGUUAUGUCCGUCUACCUACCACCGAGAGCUCCGGUGCACCUCUCCCUGCGCCCACUCGACGUGAAGAAGAAGAAGGCUGGUUUGUUCUUAGUCGAUGGGAUCGCUUGUUGAUCUUUGGUGCUUGUAACCUCGCUGCUGUGGCAUGUUUCGUCAUCUGCUUCACUCUGUUCCCCGUACUCUCUCUGAGACCACGCAAGUUUGUCAUAUUAUGGUCGGUUGGAUCACUAAUGUUCCUGGCCUCCUUCGCUGCGGUAAUGGGCCCCAUGAACUACGUUUAUCACCUGCUUUCGACUCCUCGACUGCCGUUCACUGCGGCGUAUUUCGGCUCUAUCACGUUAACCCUAGUGUUUGCCUUGAAGGUGAGGUCCAGCUUGCGAUGGGCUGAAGAUUUUACUAACAUGCCGAAAGCUUCACAGCACGAUUCUCACCUUAUUCUCCGCUCUCGUUCAACUUGCCUGUCUGCUCUGGUACUUGAUCAGUUAUUUCCCUAUGGGAUCUACUGGGCUGCGCUUUGCCACAUCGUUUGGUGCAAGGCAAGCAACAGCAUGGAUGACUGGCUAGAAAAGUCCGUUGACUACAUGUAG